AUGGCGCAAACAACUACCCCGGCUGCCCAGACUCCAAACUCUAUCUUUGGUACUGGUGAUAGCAUCUCGCAGCUUGAUACAUCCAGCCAGCAGUCCGUGGUCAUGAUGGCUGCUCCAUCGCCUCCGCCGGCCCUCCCCGACUCCCACAACACUUACAUCAUGGCCAAUUCCCCCGCCAAAGCCCGGCCGUCUGUCGAUGGCUACAGACCCAGAGUCACGCGUACUCUGGGCCAGCGACCGGCAUGUCUUGUCAAUGCAUCCGUCACGUACUGCGGCAACAAUCAAAUAUAUGCUUUCGGUGGCUUUGAUCAGUAUACUGACGAGGUGUACAACCAUGUCUUGCGACUCGACCUUGUCAGCCACCAAUGGAGCCUGGUCGACAACUAUGGUGACAUCCCGGGUGUGCGCAUGGGACAUACUGCGACACUUUACCAAGGCGACAAACUACUAGUCUUUGGCGGCGAAAACGAACACCGCACUUAUCUCUCCGACUUGAUCAUCUUUGAUUUGAAAACCGCACACUGGACACAACCAGCAGUCUCUGGCCCCAUUCCAAAGGGCAGAGCGAGACAUGCCGCCACACUACACGAAGACAAACUGUUCAUCAUUGGCGGAAUUACUGGCACAAACAACUAUGUCCUGGAUGACCUUUGCUACCUCGAUUUGAAAACAUUUACAUGGUCUAAAACUUGGCGCUUUAUUGGCCGCUUUGAUCAUUCUGCCUACAUCUGGGGUGGGCGUCUCUGGGUGUUCGGUGGACUCAGCGAAGACAUGGACAAGGUUAGCGACAUGUGGUGGCUGGAUCUGAAGGGCGUACCAGAGUUCGACUCACGACCUCAGAUCGGCGUCUAUGAUCGAGCCACUAGCGGCAAUCGAACCGAUUCUCCCCGGCUGCCACACACAAUGGGCCACAACCCUGCAGUCGGAACGACGGGAUACGCUGCCAAUUCGCGUACUGCCCAGGUCAACCCCCCCUCAGUGCAGCUGAAGUAUCAUGCGCCUAUGGCUCCGGGUGCUAUAUCUGCUCUCAAAUUUACCUCGGGCCCUAACAGUCCGUCACAAGGUUCCGGUAUUCAUUUUCACAUCUAUUCCUCGGGCACUUUGCUCGACUUUGUUUCACCGGCUGCCACCAUCACGCAUCGAGAGUGCUCUCUGUCCGCGCUUGACUUGACCACAUUACGAUGGCAAAAGCUAGCAGAUGGCCAUGAAAUGUUCAAAUCAGGUUAUCGAUGGCACUAUUGUACUAUGAAUGAAGAUGGCACAAAAGCCUGGCUCCUCGGCUGUCCUCUCGAUCCCGUCGGGCCAGAAUUCGGACCUGGGGGCUACGAGCUAUAUCUUAGUGAUGUUAUGGAAGUUGACCUUCGGCGGUACGGCCUUCUUGGAAACAAUCUAGCGCCGCAGCCCAGUGUCGAAACACGACCUUCGGCCUUGACCCGGCCUCUAGACCAGCCUUGUCAAGGUCUUGGCGCAGACUUGGCAAAGACGUUUGAUCAGCCACCCGAGACGGGUAGUGGUGCAGACUUUAUCAUCACAGCGCUGGCGGAUGGCGCGGAAGAUGACGAAUUGCUCAGCUCGGGCCUGAUCCGCAGUGCCGAAGAAUCUACCCAGAACUGGCUUGCACCUGAUGCCACCACAUCACGGCCCAUUCAUGUGCACAAGCUGAUUCUGAAAGCGCGCUGGGCUCACUUUGCAAGACUUUACAACGCCCAGAUGGCCGAAUAUCAUACAAAAAAGAUGCAUAUCCCAGAGCCCUACCCUGUUGUGCGUGCAUUCCUGCUCUACUUGUACACGGACAGCAUCCACGGCACCGUCGAGGCUGGAAGCGACUCCGUUACCGGCAUCAGCGAGGUUGCCGGCCUGCUGGUCAUGGCCAAUAUGUAUGGCAUCCCGCACCUGCGGCUGCUGUGCGUCAACCGCCUCGCUAAGGAGCUCGCCGUCGAAAACGCCUGCCUGAUAUGGUACUCGGCCGGCCUCGCCGAUGAGGAGUGGCUGCGCAAGCGGGCGGCAGGACUGUGCAUGACGCACUGGGGCCGCGUCGUUCGCACGCAGGGCUUUUUGCAGCUGCCUCGACACGCGCUCGUCGAGCUCUCGCAGGAAAUUGACAUGGAGGGUCGCAUCGUCGCCGGCGAGGAGCUCGAGUGGUCCAGCAUGGGCGGCGGGCGCUACCUGGACGACCGCAAAAACAGCGUCGGCAGCAACCAGCACGCCGAGUCGGAGGCGGACGACGACGACGGCAUGGAGAUGAACUAA